AUGGGAGAGAGACGGGACUAUCGUGGAUCCUCUGGGGAGCCUCAGCAACAUCAUGAUGCUGACGAGGCAGAGAAGAGUCUCUCCAGAUCAGAACUCCUCAAGAAACACCAGCGAGUUCACACAGGAGAGAAAUCUCACUGCUGCUCUGACUGUGGGAAAAGAUUCAACUCUUCACUAGGCCUUAAAAUACAUCAAAGAAUUCACUCUGGAGAGAAAUCUUAUGGCUGUGAUCAAUGUGGGAAGAGUUUUACUGACUCUAGCAGUCUGACUCAACACAGGAGAAUACACACAGGAGAGAAACCUUAUAGCUGUGGUCAAUGUGGGAAGAGUUUUGUUACAUCUAGCCAGCUCACAUUACACCAGAGAACACACACAGGAGAGAAAACGUAUAGCUGUUGUCAAUGUGGGAAGAGUUUUACUAACUCUAGCAGUCUGACUCUACACCGGAGAACACACACAGGAGAAAAACCUUAUAGCUGUGGUCAAUGUGGGAAGAGUUUUGUUCAAUCUGGCCAUCUGACUCAACACCAGAGAAUACACACAGGAGAGAAAUCUUAUAGCUGUGAUCAAUGUGGAAAGAGUUUUGCUGCAUCUAACGAUCUGACAAGACACCAGCGAGUACACACAGGAGAGAAACCAUUCCACUGUUCAGAUUGUGGAAAAAGAUUCUCAACUUCACAGAAUAUGAAGAAGCACCAGAAAACACACACAGGAGAGAAACCUUAUAGCUGUGAUCAAUGUGGGAAGAGAUACUUUGAUAAAAGUUAUCUGAUCAAACAUCAGAAAAUACAUACAGGAGAGAAAGCUCACCACUGUUUUGAUUGUGGGAAGAGUUACUCAAGAGCAGAUGCACUGAAAGUACACUUGAGAAUUCACACAGGAGAGAAACCUUUUGGCUGUGAUCAAUGUGGGAAGAAAUUUACUGCAUCAAACUCCUUGAUAGUGCACCAGAGAAUACACACAGGAGAGAAAUCUUAUAGCUGUUAUCAAUGUGGGAAGAGUUGUACUACAUCUAGCCAUCUAAUUGUACACCAGAGAACACACACAGGAGAGAAAGCUUUUAGCUGUGAUCAAUGUGGGAAGAGUUUUGGUACAUCUAGCCAUCUAAUUGUACACCGUAGAACACACACAGGAGAGAAAUCUUAUUGCAUUGGUCAAUGUGGGAAGAGUUUUGGUCAAUCUGGCAAUCUGACAGUGCACCAAAGAAGACACACAGGAGGGAAAUCUUAUUGCAGUGGUCAAUGUGGGAAGAGUUUUGGUCAAUCUGGCCAUCUGACAGUGCACCAGAGAACACACACAGGAGAGAAAUCUUAUAGCUGUACUCAAUGUGGGAAGAGUUUUAGUACAUCUGGCUAUCUGACUGUACACCAGAGAACACACACAGAUGGACAAACUUUGUAGCUGUGAUCAAUGUGACAAGAGAUUCUCUGAUCAAACAUCAGAAAAUACAUACAUGAAGGAAUUGUUUCAUGAUAUCAAUGAAAUAACCCACUUAGCAAAAUGUAACUGAAAAGAUGUUGAAAAUAAGACUAAAUAAGACCAAUAUACAUUCGGUUGAAAGUGAAAAUUGAGAUGUUUUUCUGGUCGUUUUUUUUAAAUGGCUUGAAAACAACUUAAUUUCAACUUACUUGCAGCCUAUACACAUGGACCCAGUAUAAUAAAUCGGUCUAUAAUCCAUUUUAUUAACAAUCCUACAUCACUCCAGCAUUUCUUUACAACAUCCAAGUGCUAAUUGUCUUUAUUCCACUACUGAAGAAGCAGGUCUCAAAUCACCUCAUAUUUCAAACAUCCAGCCUGACAAAAAAUACAUGUUUUAUUAUUCCAUGCCUCACCAUUAAGUUAAUUAUUGACAAUACAUAU